AUGACUGUUUGUGAGUUCUUUGUAUCAAGCCAAGGCUGCAGUUUUGGUGCCAGCUGUCGGUUUGCUCAUAUUUCUAUUCCUGAGCAACCAGUCUUGACUGCUAGCACUUCACACUCUAGACAGAGGAGCAAUCAACCAUCACUUGAUACAGGCAAUGGUUCUGGUUCAAGAAAUCGACGACCAAGGCUAAAGAACGCAAAGAAUCCUCAUCAUUCAAACCAGGUACAUCAGCAAGGCAGUACUGCUUCAUCUCUAGAACCCCUCCAACCAAAACAACAGUCUGGCCGUUCUUCCAAUUUGCCACAACACAAUUCGCAAUCUGAUGAUGUCAAUCAAGGGCAGCAAUCAGUGUCUAGGUCAUUCAGCAGGGGUUCAGAUCAAACUUUAAAAGGGAUUGCCACAGCUGCAUCAGGUAGUAACUCUCAAUCAGGAUCGGUGGAUACUCACAAUAUGGAUCAACAAUCUGUAUCUUUUGAAAAACAAACCCAGCAUCAGCCUGGUAAAAGUAAAUCUGGCAAACAAAAGGGCAACCGUCGAAAUAACAACAUCAAACCUGGAAAGCAUCAGUCUAAUCUAGACAGUUCCAACAAAGUAUCUGAUUCUUUAGCUCAGACCGAGUCUAAAUUAGCAGCUGUAAAACUGGUUCCUCAGCAGCGACAUCCUCUGCCAUCCCGACCUGCAUUUCCACGACCCACUCCAAAGUCUCUUCAGGAUCGACUCAACGAAACAACCGAUCCGAUCGAUCGAAUACAUAUUCUACGCAAUCUGGAACUUUCUCAACUCGAACGUCGAUUUCGUUCGUCAGGAUAUAUUCAAAGCACUGCAGAUCAAACCCUAAACAGCCAGCAUACUACUAUUCAUUUUGAUCUUGUUCCCACUGAUCCCGACUUUCCGUACGAUCUCACUGCGUUACAUGUUAGUAUGCUGAUUCCUGAUCUGUUUCCAACUGACCGUGCAUGUCGAUUGGUUGUACAAAACAAAGAGAUUCCUGCUCAUUUUUGUCAUAAUAUUGAACGUGCUUGGUUCAAAAAAGUCAUGGCGUGCAAACUGAGCUUGUUGGAUUUAGUCAAUUGGCUUGAUCAAAAUUUGGAAGGUUUAUUUAUUGAACGUGAUGAUACCAUCAUUACUUCGUUUCGAAACAAUAGUGGUGGCGGUUCGCAGACACAAGGGGCAACAGUUCAAGACAAAAAUAUUGACUCAACCGCUCAAGAUGAAAUAACCAAACAGGAUAUGGACAACAGUGAAUCUGACGACAGCGAUGAAGGCAGUGCAGAUGGAGACGGAAAUGGAGAUGGAAAUGGUGGUAUUCAUGCUCAUGAUGGAGCUGGGGAUACUGAUGAUCUGCUAGAAUUGAAGGAAGCAUCUUUGUCUGAUUCAGACUCUUCUCUACAAUCCAAAGCUGAUUUGACCAGUACUGAUAUUGCAACUUCAGAAUCCAAUUCUACUGGUAUCUACACUGCCAGCCCACAAAAACGUGGAACUCAAAUUCGUCUUUUGGAAUCCCGACUUGACAACAUCUCACUCUUGCAUUGCACAUCGAUUACAGUAACAAUCCGCUGCACACGAUGUAGGGACACGGCCCAGGUUUCAAAUCUAUUGGCUUCAUUGGUAGAAAACCACCCAGAUUAUCAUUUUACUUGUUGUAAAACAUGUCAAUCUGCCAUGUCUGUUGCGUUUCGUCGUGACUUUAUGCACGAGUCUUCGCAGUGCUUGGGAUACCUUGACUUGCACGAUUCAACAGCGUUUGAUUUGGGACCAAGUGUAUAUAUUGCCACAUGUACCUCAUGUAACGCGGAGCAUACGUUCAAAAGCUUACCAACACUCACAACGGUGACUGUACAUUGCCGAUCUUGUCAUACUGCUCUUACGAUUCAACUCGGACAAGUGAAAUUCACAUUGGUGGGUGGUGGAACCACUACUGUACUGCAACCCAAUUAUAAACAGCUUCACAAGCGUGGUCUUGCUGAAAAGAAAAAACUGCUUCAAUUGGGUAUAUCGUUUGGAUCACCCUUGCCGCUUAACGGAGCAAGCUGUGCUCAUUUUAAAAAGUCAUAUAGAUGGUUUCGGUUUGGAUGUUGUGGUAAAAUAUACCCCUGUUCAGUAUGUCAUGAGAAGCUCAAGGAAGAUGGACAUGAAAUGAUUUGGGCAACCAAACAGUUUUGUGGAUUUUGUUCGAGGGAGCAAGUGUAUUCACCUACCAAACCCUGCGUUUCAUGUGGAAAGGAUCUUACCAAACGCAGUAAUGGAAGUGGUUUUUGGGAGGGUGGUAAAGGUACACGAGAUCAACUCAAACUGAGUAGUAAGGACUCGAGAAAGUUUCGAGGAUUGGGCAAGACGAUCAGUAAUCGAGCCAUGAAUAAAGCCAAGUCGUGA